UUUCUAUAUAUAUAUUAUACAUAUAUAUCCUAUUGCAUCCCUUCGUUUAUCGUCAAUGCUCUGUUCUUCGGCUCGUAUUCUUAUCCGGAAAAAUUUUAGCAUACCGAAGCAAACCCUUUUCGCUUCUCCAAAGAUUUAUUCGAGUUCUCUGUUUUCUCAGCCAAUCAAAAGAGGGUUUUUGCGUCCUUCAUCGUUUCCUCCUAUACAUCACCGAAUCAAUUCAACAAAAACUCCUUCGUUGGGUUUGAGAUCAGAUCGCACAAUGGCCAGCCAAUCAGAGAAGCCCACAUCAGUUCAUGAAUUUACCGUUAAGGAUGCCAGAGGGAAUGAUGUUGACCUGAGCUCUUACAAGGGGAAGGUCCUACUAAUUGUCAAUGUUGCAUCACAAUGUGGCUUAACCAAUUCAAAUUACACCGAAUUGAGUCAGAUAUACGAGAAGUACAAAAAUCAAGGUCUUGAGAUUCUGGCAUUUCCCUGCAACCAGUUUGGAGCUCAGGAGCCAGGGGAUAAUGAACAGAUAUUAGAGUUUGCUUGCACUCGCUUUAAGGCUGAAUAUCCUAUUUUUGAUAAGGUUGAAGUGAAUGGUUCAAAUGCUGCACCGCUUUACAAAUAUCUGAAGUCAAGCAAAGGUGGACUUUUCGGAGACAACAUCAAAUGGAAUUUCUCUAAGUUCUUGGUUGAUAAAGAGGGGAAAGUGGUUGACCGUUAUGCGCCGACAACUUCUCCUCUUGGCAUCGAGAAGGAUGUGAAGAAAUUGCUGGGGGUUGAAUGAAGGUUGAAUGUGGUUUCUUUUCCAGCUUAUUAGUAAAUAAUCGUCACCGAUGAUGAUAAUUCCCAUGAAUAAAUAAUGUACGAGGGAUCUCGCAAUUUUCACACCCUUGUUUGUAAUAGAAUUGCAGUUAUGUUAUGACACCCUUGUUUGUAAUAGAAUUGCAGUUAUGUUAUGAAAUGGAUAGUUUUCCUUUUCUA